CGUCCUCCGUUUCUCGCCCAUAUGAAUCAACUCCAUUUUUGUUGGCGGAAGAAAAAAGUGUUAUCCUAUCAUUCUAGAAGCAUAUCGGACAGCAUCGUGCUCUUUCCUCCUCAUCAUGAUAUCCCUCAGUGGCCUCGACAGCCCUGACUUCUAUACGAUCGCCUGGAUCGCAGCUCUUCCCAUCGAGCGUGCCGCUGCAGAAGCGAUGCUCGAUGAGGAACAUGCAACUCCGACCGGAUUCACUCGACACCAAACCGACGCCAACGUUUAUACGUGGGGCCGUGUGGGGGAGCACAACAUCGUUAUUGCAUCUCUGGCUUCCGGAGUCUACGGAACCACCUCGGCUGCGACCACAGCCUCAAGUCUGCUUGCCUCUCUGCCAUCUAUCCGUGUUGGUCUUUUGGUCGGCAUAGGUGGCGGCAUUGCUCGUCCGGAUGAUGGCCACGAUAUCCGGCUAGGUGAUAUUGUUGUGAGCCAGCCUUGUGGGACCACAGGUGGCGUCUGCCAGUACGACUUAUUUAAGGCAAAGUCUGGUGAUAAGCGUGAGCGUAAAGGUUUCCUUAGACCGCCCCCGACAGUACUUCUCAAUUCGCUCGCCAAAUUGCAGGCAGUUCACGAGCGAAACGACUCUAUGGUUCCUUCCUUUCUUCAAGAGAUGCUUAAGAGGAACCCAAAGAUGGGCAAGAGAUCCAGACAGAAUCCUGGAUAUAUUCACCAAGGCUUCGACAACGACCGCCUGUUUAAAUCUUUAUGCGACCACGUCCCCGGCCCGGACUGUAGGGGCUGUGACACGGCUGAUGAGGUUCAACGCGAUCCUCGAGACACUAUCGACCCCGAAAUCCACUACGGGACCAUCGUAUCCGGCAACACACUUGUCAAAGAUGCCGCUGCGCGCCAUCGGAUUAUUGCUGACCUUGACGAGGAUUGCAUCUGCUUUGAGAUGGAAGCUGCCGGCCUGAUGAACCACUUUCCCUGUCUUGUGAUCCGAGGGAUUUGUGACUACGCCGAUUCUCACAAGAACGAUAGAUGGCAACGCUACGCCUCAGCGACCGCUGCUGCUUAUACCAAGGAACUUCUGUCAUACCUACCAACCGACGAGGUCCAGGAGACCAAGAGGGCAAUAGAAGUGCUUCAAUUGGUACAACAACAGAUUGAUGGCAUACAGCAGACGACAAUCGCAACGAAGGCGGCAACUGAUGCCAUCAGUUUCGACAUUCGUACCGAUAAUAUCAGGCGCUGGCUUUGUCCCCCGGAUCCGUCAACAAACGCCAAUCACGCAAGGACCCUCCGCCAUGAGGGGACGGGUGCGUGGCUCCUCAUGGUAGAAUUUAGUAUGGUAGUUACCGAGAAAAUAGAGAUGGGGAAGAAAGCAAGGGAAGAACAGCUCUUUUAUUGUCGAGGUAAACCUAUGACACGUGAUUCAAGGCUUUUUCCGAGUUGGACAGACCCCAAUCUCAGACUGCCAAAGCUCCAGCAGGAUCACAUUCAGACGAGGCCUGCCAGCCAAUCGUUCCAUGUUCGAUGCACAAAGCAGGGGUCUAAUGCGCAAAUGACUACCCUGCUCACCGAUCUGAUCCAAUAAACAUCCCACAAAAAUAUGUUGCUAUUCUGGAUAAUGGCACAUCGACGUAUUCUCUGCGCCCAGUAGGUUUGUUGAGCUCUGCUUUCCAACCGUUCCAUACUCAAGAAAGCGAACGAAACGCUCCCUCCUUAUCUCCAAUUCGCAUGAUGCAACUACUGCAGAUCGUGAAACACGCUCUCAU